AUCGAGCUCUUAAGAAGAAGCUGGUAAACCCCCUAACUGGGACCAUUACAGUAGUAUCGGACCAAACUAACGCGAAGCUGGUAGCGGACUCUUGACCUCGCUCUCCUAUCUAGACUCGGUAAGGUGUAGUUCGAUGCAACACACCUCCUAGUUCACCUGUUGAGAUUCCUUCUCGAACAAUAUGAGAUUGCGGAGGACUACAUUGUUAUGUGUGCAGAGCUGCUAAGGCUUGCCGGCGCCCCUAAUAGCGUGGAAUGUAUGAUAAUAUUCUGUCUCCUAUACACUUACACCUGGUCAACUCUCUAUUAUCCCCCGAACUAUUGAUGUCUCCUGCAUUAGCAUGCGUGAACCCACGUGGCCCGCAAGGAAUAUCGGCGUCUUAUCGGGUUCGUAUAAAGUAAUCACGCUGCACGUCACGACGAUCCUUUAGAGAUUUUCUAUCGUGGUCCCUCAGCAGCGAAGCUUGUUCAAACACACUCUUUACCCGGUGCCAGUAGCUAAGCGCUUCCCUCCUUUUCAACUUGCAGGAGCUUGCUACCAUAUACCAAUGGCGCGUCUCGCGUUCGUUGCGGCUCUGUCGCUAGCCAGCUUAGCGUUCGCUCAAACAAUCCAAGACGGCGUCGAAGCCACUGAAGACAACGUCGCGCCGGCUGCUGAGACGGUGGACGCGGACUCCGCAUCAUCAGGCAUUGACUACUUUGCAUAUGAGUCAAGCCAGCUCACAACUGAUGUUAUCAGUAACUUAACAACUUAUAAUCUCAGUGAUGUCACACUCUUUAAUUUCACUGAUACCGAUGCUGAAACUACUGCCGAAAAACGCUGGGGCCGCGUCUGCAAGACUCAUCCCACGGACAAAAGCUGGCCGGCUCGCUCAACGUGGAACCUCCUCAAUCUUCUCCUAGGCGGCGCUCUAGUUGAAGGUAUACCAACUGCGGCGCCAUGCUACUCGAAUUGGCCUCAGUACAAUGAGACGACAUGUGCAUCGAUCACUUCCCAAUGGCAGACGCCGUCUUACCAGCUGUCGCAACCUGUGGGCAUCCAGUAUUAUAUCUUCGAAGGAGUAAGCUGCUUGCCGCCUAGCCUCACACGCACAGGUGCCAACUGCACCCUUGGCGGCAUGCCCUCGUACGUUGUCAAAGCGACAAAUGUGGCACAGAUCCAACUGGCCGUCAAUUUCGCGCGCAACCUCAACCUACGAUUGAUCGUCAAGAACAAGGGCCACGACUUCAAAGCUAAGUCCAGCGGCGGCGGAGCUCUUUCGAUUUGGACCAAUGCCCUCCAAGGCAUCCAGUACCUAGGAUCCACUUACAAACAUGGUCCCUCCGGCUACAAGGGCCCGGCUUUCAAGAUCGGUUCCGGUGUUGAGGCUUUGGCUAUCUAUUCCGCCGCUGAUAAACUAGGCCUUCACGUCGUCGGCGGUAACACCCGAACCGUCGGUAUUGGUGGUGGAUACAUCGCUGGCGGUGGUCACUCACCCCUACUGUCCAAGUAUGGCAUGGCAGCCGACCAAGUCUUGUCUAUGGAAGUUGUUCUACCCAAUGGCCGAUUCGUAUCUGUCGACGAGAAGAACUACCCCGAUCUGUUCUUCGCUCUCCGUGGUGGCGGUGGCAGCACCUGGGGCAUUGUAACCUCGCUCGUCAUCCGCGCUUACCCGAGAACCCCUGUUUCUACUCUCACCUAUAGCUUCAGCGUCGGUGACAAUAUUUCGACGGAGGUAUUCUGGAACGGUGUCAACGCAGUCUUCGCCAAGUUCCCCGAGUAUGCCGAUGCUGGAAUGUACAGCUAUUUCUCCGUCAGCUGCCUCGGCGCCUGCACUUUUUCCAUGGCACCGCAGUGGGCAAACGAUCUCGUCGCCAGCAGUCUCCAAAACCUAUCAGCCCCAUUAUUUAAUGAGCUGGCCAGUCUAGGUAUCACCAUUACCAACGCCGUUUAUACCGAUUACACCGGCGUUCUCAACGCAAUCAACGGCACCUGGACCGCCAGCAGCGAGACGGGCGGUGUCUGGAAUUUCAACACUGGAUCUCGACUCUUCCCCCGCUCCAACUGGGAAAACGCCACACAACUAGCUGCCCAGAACGCCGCCCUCCGGACCUCCGUCGAGGCGGCAGGCAUGAUGCUCGGAUACAACAUGAAAGCAGCCACAAACCCCACAGUCAACCAAGACAACGCCGUGAACCCAGCCUGGCGCGAGACCCUCCUGCACGCCCUUCUAGGCGCUACCUGGUCCCAAGACGCCACACCCGCCGAUGUCGCCGCCGCGAACAAGAAGCUCGUCGAGACCAUGCAGCCGUGGCGCGACGUCUCCCCUGACGCCGGCGCGUACCUCAACGAGGCCGAUAUCAACGAGCCGAAUUGGCAGCAGGCUUUCUACGGAUCUAACUACGACUACCUGUACGAUCUGAAGCAGAAGUACGAUCCGUGGGGCGUCAUGUGGGCUCCUACCGCCGUCGGCUCCGAGGAUUGGAAUAUGACGGGCCAGAUCGCUUAUUACCCGACACAGAAUGGAAAGCUUUGUCCUGUGUAAUUUGGGGCGGGUACGUUUCUGGGUGAAGGGGGUUAUUCUUUCGUGUUAUAAUUAAGAAAUUAAGAUACCAUAAUCACCUGCCUAUAUAUUAGGGUAGGUUUAGUUAGAAGAUAAAUUUUAAAGCAAUAGAUAAUUUGUAUAUAUCUUCCCAAUUCUGCGUCUUGUAUCAGCUCAGUCUUAUGGAAUAAAUGUUCUUAUAUAAGA